AUGGGGCCCCAUUCUCCCGCUUUCCAUCACCCCGCCCCAGUCUCCCUCUUUCCAUCACCCCACCCCAUUCUCCCUCUUUCCAUCACCCCGCCCCAUUCUCUCGCUUUCCAUCACCCCGCCCCAUUCUCCCGCUUUCCAUCAACCCGCCCCAUUCUCCCUCUUUCCAUCUCCCCGCCCCAUUCUCCCGCUUUCCAUCACCCCGCCCCAUUCUCCCGCUUUCCAUCACCCCGCUCCAUUCUCCCGCUUUCCAUCACCCCGCCCAAUUCUCCCUCUUUCCAUCACCCCUCCCCAUUCUCCCUCUUUCCAUCACCCCGCCCCAUUCACCCUCUUUCCAUCACCCCGCCCCAUUCUCCCUCUUUCCAUCACCCCGCCCAUUCCCCCUCUUUCCAUCACCCCGCCCCAUUCUCCCUGUUUCCAUCACCCUGCCCCAUUCUCCCUGUUUCCAUCACCCCGCCCCAUUCUCCCGCAUUCCAUCACCCCGCCCCAUUCUCCCGCUUCCCAUCACCCAGGCCCAUUCUCCCUCUUUCCAUCACCCCACCCCAUUCUCCCGCUUUCCAUCACCCCGCCCCAUUCUCCCUCUUUCCACCACCCUGCCCCAUUCUCCCUGUUUCCAUCACCCCUCCCCAUUCUCCCUCUUUCCAUAACCCCGCCCCAUUCUCCCGCUUUCCAUCAGCCCGCCCCAUUCUCCCGCUUUCCAUCACCCCACCCCAUUCUCCCGCUUUCCAUCACCCCGCCCCAUUCUCCCGCUUUCAAUCACCCCGCCCUAGUCUCCCGCUCUCAAUCACCCCGCCCCAUUCUCCCGUUUUCCAUCACCCCUCCCCAUUCUCCCUCUUUAAAUCACCCCGCUCCAUUCUCCCUCUAUCCAUCACCCUGCCCCAUUCUCCCGCUUUCCAUCACCCCGUCCCAUUUUUCCGCUUUCCAUCACUCCGCCCCAUUCUCUUUCUUUCCAUCACCUCGCCCCAUUCUCCCGCUUUCCAUCACCCCGCCCCAUUCUCCCGCUUUCCAUCACCCCGCCCCAUUCUCCCGCUUUCCAUCACCCUGCCCCAUUCUCCCGCUUUCCAUCACCCCGCCCCAUUCUCCCUCUUUCCAUCACCCCACCCCAUUCUCCCGCUUUCCAUCACCCCGCUCCAUUCUCCCGCUUUCCAUCACCCUGCCCAAUUCUCCCUCCUUCCUGUCAACGGGAGUUGGGUGUUGGCCCCAUCCUCGCUUGGGCGGAGCCGACUUCGUGGUCGGGUGUGA